UUAGCGGUUGUCGGAAAACAGCUACAAAUAUAACCAAUCACCAUUCAUCACCUCGCUGAAAGAUGAUAGAACAAUUGAUCAAACGUUUCAUUGAUUACAAGAAGAGGGUUGAGAGAAGAUCACCUUGGAAGUACUUCUUCUUGAUAUUCCGUUCCCCACAUAUGGUUAUCACGGUUGCGACUUUUUCGAAUAUGACAAUGUUAGUCAUGCUUGCCAUUUCAAACAUAAUCAACUUAAAGAACAGCAUUGAAUACAAAAUGGAAUCGCGUAAUUCUUCCAAUCACAGUCUACAUUUUGAUGUGAAAAUGGGUUCAAAACAAUACACUGUGACCCAUGAAAAUAUAGAUAAUUUCAUAAUAUACAUUUUGGUGUUUCACUUGGGUAUUGUGACUAUUUUUUUUUUGGCAAACUUUUUUCUGCUAAAGACAACGUUUAAGCCUUUUUUGAUUAAGAGACACCUUAAGAGCAUCAUUAUUUGGUUAUUGAUACAUACAACACACAUGAUUUAUUCAUUAUUUUUCGAUAAUUGGAUCGGAGUAUUUAAUAGUUCAAAUUAUAUUAUGGUAAUCAAUAUAACCAAUUAUUUACUUAAGUUUUUGCUCCUAUGGAUGGUGUCUUGGACUUAUGUAAAAAUCAAACGCAACUUGGGAAACAUUUUUCCAAACAUGAGAAGAUCACGCUUGAUUCGUUAA